CAGUUCCACUAGAACAAACCUCACACGCCCACAGCAAAUCACAAACGAAAUCAACACAUCCUGCUCCCCUUUCCGCCAAAUCUAAUCAACUAUGCAGCGUUCGAAAUCCCGCCAAUUCGAUCCCUGAACCGGUGCUGAACCAAAUCAUGGGUCGAAGAAUCAUGGAAUGGGCUGCCCGGUCCGAUUACAUGGGCGGCAUUCCGAGGAAGAUGGUGAUCACGGCGGUGGGGGGUCUGGCGAAGGUCGUCGUCUCCCUCCUCAACUCCACCACCGUCCACAAUGCCGACACCCUUCUCCGUCUGGUCCGGUCUCGGCCUAAUGGGGUCCCACUCGUCACUGUCAGCAACCACAUGUCCACCAUGGACGACCCCUUUUUGUGGGGUUUCAAGGGGUUCCCCAGCACUGAUGCGAAUUUGGCGAGGUGGGUUUUGGCCGCCGAGGACAUCUGCUUCAAAAAUUCAGUGUUUUCUUACUUCUUCAGACUUGGGAAGUGCAUUCCAAUUACGCGGGGUGGCGGCAUUUAUCAAGAACACAUGAACGAAGCUCUUGAGAGAUUGAGUGAAGGUUCAUGGUUGCAUACAUUUCCUGAAGGAAAAGUAUACCAGGAAGAUGCACCUAUAAGACGAUUGAAGUGGGGGGCUGCUAGUCUCAUUGCUCGUGCUCCUGUAACCCCUAUAGUUUUGCCAAUUGUUCAUACUGGGUUUGAACAGGUGAUGCCUGAGAAGUUUUUUCGUGGUAAAAGGCCUCCGUUUCCGUUAUGGAAUAAGCGCAUUAAGAUAAUAGUUGGCGAGCCAAUGGAAUUGGACCUUCCUGAAAUGAGGCGGAUGGCAACCUCUCUGUCUCGUAAUACAUCACAUUCUACUCGAGGAUGGCCAAGCACCUGCCCUGGUGGUUUGGACGAGGCAGCGCAAAAACAUCUGUACAGUGCAAUUUCCGAGAAAAUCCAAAAUGUCAUGGAGCGCUUGCGGCUGUUUGCUAAAAGUUUUUCAAAGUCCAAAGAUCAAAAUCUUUGCAAGCAUAAGUAAUCUUUUGAGGUAUGUCCAACAGUUGGAAAAUUACAUUUGAACCACAUUGAGAUAUACUCCUAAACGGGAAGCGGAUGCAUCCCUUUACUCCAGCGUUCAAUCAGUGAGUUCCGGUUCUAUCUAAGUAACAGGAUCCUGCCGGCUUCAUUCUACGUCAUGCAGUUGAAUAGUUAGUUAGUAGUUAUUUUACAAAACUUGUAUUGUUUUAUGAGGUUCGUUUGUAGCAUCGUCCAUUUCGUAGUUGAUUUUACGAACCAUUCUUGUACCAUUACUUCUUGUAUGUUACAACAUAAAAAGGAUCGAAUGACUUCAAAUUCUCCUCUUA